GUAUGCCCUGCAUAAUAGAAGAUCCCGAAAAGCGAUCUGUGCCCAUCGGUUCAUAUCAUCAUUUCCGGAUGAUAAGACGUAUUACGUACGUAAACUUGUGCAAAGAGUAUUGACCCACAUAUUCGGGAUGUCAAGAUCUAAUCUUUGUUUCUUUGCCACCUUCAUUCCAUCUUACACACACAACACAUUACACAAUGUCGUUAUACUCACAUUCAUUCAAUUUCAUGGCUUCGCCAAACGGAUACGGAGGAGUACGUCCACAAUUACCGGAUUUUCAAAAUGUAGGAGAAAUGAAAGAAUUCGUUUCGAGGUUAUUCUUGUUUCAUCUUCAAAUUCCACAUAUCUUUCUUCAGGUCAAAUUUGGCGCUUCACUAUUCGUCGUCAUUCUUUUUAAUGGGCUAUUGAUCAUCAUUCGUAGAAUGUAUGAUAAAUCAUUUUGGGUCGCUCGUCUUGUCAAACGUCCUUCCGGGACUAUCAUUGUGCCAAAUGCAAUCUUAUCAUUCGCCAUGGUAGAAAGCAUCUUCAUCACGGUUUUGGUCGCUCUACUUUUUCAAUUUUGUCAAUAUUACGAAUACUACAAAGUAAAGCCAGCAAACUUUAUUUUAUGGAUCACUUUGCCUUGGUGCACGGCAAUCCUUGGGGUUUAUUGGGCAAUGUUGGGUUCGCAUUACGCAACACCAACUCGGGUCAAACCAAUCGGGGGUCUUUACAAUGAUCGAUUGAAUUGGGUAGAAAGAUUAUUCCAAAAUGCUUUCAUGGUGAACUUUAUCGCUGCUGGCCUACCUGCCAUUUUAUGCACAUCAGUUGCAAUUCCAAGUUUCAUGGCAAAUGCGCAUUAUAAUAAAGCGCAAAAGAUGGAGGAGGAUUGGCAAGGAAUGUAUGCAAAUCAAACAGUCUUUACACAAGAAAUGGUCACUGAGGCACAAUUGAUAUGGUACAAGGUACUUCAAGGUACAAGAACAGCAAGCGUUGUAUUUUACCUUUGGUUCGUGUGGGCAGUCGUUUGUUGGCUAUUAUAUACGUCUAUCACGUUUCGAUUGAUCAUGACCAUUCGUUCAGAAUUGAACAGACCGGCAGAUGACGUUAUGACGUUCAUCGUUACCACAGCACAUCAAUACUCGCCCAAAAUGAAAGGAAUCAUGUCACAGGGACAAUCGGAGACACAGCUUUGUAGGAGAAUCACGUUUGAAGAACCUCCCCGUUUAUCUUACAAUGGAAGCAAAGGUGAUCUUUCCUUGAAGCAAAAACUUAGAUCCUUGCCAAUCUUUGCUUCUCCAAUAGUGGCUCAUUCUUCUUUGUCGCUUACUCAUAUUGAUGAAGCAGAACCACCUUCGCCAAUUCUGAACAGAACCAGAGAACCACCAUCACCAAUUCUGCACAGAACCAGCGAGCCGCCCUCACCCAUUCUGAACAGAGCCAGAGAACCGCCAUCACCAAUUCUGAACAGAGCCAGCGAGACGCCCUCACCCAUUCUGAACAGAGCCAACGAAUUGCCGCCGCCAUCGCCAAUUGUGAACAGAUUCAACGGACUAUCAUCGCCAACCUUGAACAGAUUCAACGGACUACCAUCGCCAACCUUGAACAGAGCCGAGAUGAAUCAAAGCCAGCAAAGAUCAAAAGAAGCAAUCGAUCAACCUCAAAUCAAAACCAAACUUUCUGCAAAAUUUUUGAAAUCUUUCUUGCCAAAUUUAAUUUUAGAAGAUGAUGAAGAAAGUUCUUCAAGAUUGACGACAAAUUUUACACAAGAAUCCAGAAAACAACAAAAAAAAGAAAUGCGUAAAGCAUUUUUACAAAUUUUUGUUCAAUUUUUGGUUGUCAGUCCGGGUUGUGCAACGUUUGCAAGUAUUGCACUUUUUAUGGCACUUACCAUUAAUUCUUCUUUUGAAAAACCUUCAAGUGAUGGGCUUGGAAAUCGAUUUGAAUAUUUUGGUCCGGUUGCUUUGCUUUGUGUGGUUUAUGCAAUUAUUGUCUUUGGCUGUGGAGCAUCUUUUGCACUUUUACAAAGAACAUAUGAACCGGUGUUCACUGCAAUCACAACUUCACACAAUAGUCACGGUAUCCUUCGUUCAUCUCAAGAUGAAGAUUAUAGUCUCACUUGCAAUAGCAAAGUUUGUCAAACGGUUCAAAACGUUGAUCCACGUAUUGGCAUUGGACAAUCACCAAUUCCAAGAGAAAAAGACAGAAGAUCAAGAGCACCCAAAAAGAUCAAAACGAAUCAUAUUAUUUCUACAUUCUUUGAAACCAAAAGUCAUCAUAGCCCUCGACAAGAAGAUGAUGGUGAUAGGAUAUAAAUUGUUUCCCUCAUUUUUUUUCGCAUUCGCAUAUAACCCCUUUAAAGGCCGAAUCUUCGGCGUUAAGAUGUUUUUCUUUUUGUAUUUCGUUCGGUACACAAUUUGCAUGCUGAGCCAUGAGAGUUGUCAUGAAUAGUAAGCCUACGCGCCUGUUGUGCUGCUUUUACGGGAGUUAAUCUCCACCUUUUGCAAUGCAUAUCGUAAGCAGUUUGUGUAAAUCCGCGGGAUUUGUUAUUCAUUAAACGGCAUUUGAGCAGUUUGACG